AUGGUGACAGCAAUUGUGGAGAAUGCCUUCAUGCCUAGUGCUUGGAAGGAUGUGGUGACCUAUGAAGAUGUUCACAUAAACUUCACUCUGGAGGAAUGGGCUUUGUUGACUCCUUCCCAGAAGAGUCUCUACAAAGAAGUGAUGCAGGAGACCUACAGAAACCUUACUGCUGUAGGUUAUAAAUGGGAAGAACACAAUAUCGAAGAACAUUUUCAAAAUUUUCAAAUACAUGGAAGUACUCUUAGAAAUCAUGAAAGACAGCAUACUGGAGAAAAACCCUAUGAAUAUAUUCAUUGUAGUACAGACCUCAGUCAUCUUCAAAGGCAAGAAAGAAUUCAUAAGACAGAGAAACGCUAUGAAUGCAAUCAAUGUGGUAAAGCCUUUCCAUGUCACAGUAAGCUUCAAAGGCAUGAAAGAAUUCAUACUGGAGAGAAACCCUAUGAAUGUAGUCAAUGUGGUAAAGCCUUUGCAUACCACAAUACUCUUAAAAAUCAUGAACGAGUACAUACUGGAGAGAAACCCUAUGAAUGUAGUGAAUGUGGAAAAUUCUUUGCAAAUCUCUGUAAUCUUAUAACUCAUGAAAAAGUUCAUAUUGGAGGGACAUCCUAUGGAUGUAUUCAAUGUGGUAAAGCCUUUGCAUGUCUCAGUCGUCUUCAAAGGCAUGAAAAAAUUCAUAUGGCAGACAAACUCUAUGAAUGUAGUCAAUGUGGUAAAGUCUUUUCACUUCUCAGUAAACUUCGAAGGCAUGUAAGAAUUCAUACUGGAAAGAAACCCUAUGAAUGCAGUCAAUGUGUAUCCUUCAAAUGCAUGAAAGAAUGCAUGGUAAAGAGAAGCCAUAUGAAAGUGGCUAAUGAGACAAACCUUUUGCUCAUCACAAUAGUCUUGAAAGUCAUGAAAACUUCAUACUGA